GAGUGGACGGUGUGUACACUGGAGUCCUUUAAGCUUCCUGGAGAGGAAGAAAGACAGUUGCUGAUCUGUAGGAUCAGAUCUGGCUCUGAACCGGUGCUUGUUAAGAUCAACACAACUUUAGGAGAGGAACAUGUAAAGGAAAAAGAGGUAUUUUUUUUACGUAGUUCAAAAGGAAUAUAAUUUGCAAAAUGAACACUUUUUAUUACAAUUCUUCAGUUUGUUGUUUUCUUGUGCCAGUUAGGGCUAUUGUUUUCUAAACCUCAGUGGGAUUGUCAAAGUUGAAUAAGAAACCAAAAAUGAAAUGAUUUCUGGUUGUUGAAGUCAACUUGUCGCGAUCGCGAAAAUGGCCUGCUACAAAAAGAGCCCACUUUUUACAGAAAAUGUUAAAUAAUUCUUUUUCCAGAGUGUUUGGAAUAAAGGCGUGAACAUAGAUGAUUUAAACUUGCAGUGGGUUUACCCCAUAGUCAUCUCACUGAUAAUUAAAAUUUGUCCUUUUUUGGGGGUUUCAAAUUUGACUUAGUGGCCACCCCAAAUUCCAUACAAGAACUAAGUUUGUAUAAUAGACCUACUCGGCAGCGGAUAUCAAAUAAACGAAUGCGUUCAAAACGGACGAUGAAUAAAAGACUGACAUAUUCAAAAGUAAAAAGACACAUUCAGGAAACAAUUUAUGUUACAACAUUGCAGAGUCGCCACAGUCACAGGAGCAAUAUUCUUUACUUGAUCCAUUUUCAUGCCUUCUACUAUGAAAAAUCUAGAUACUGUAAAUAUCCAUGAUUUACAAGGGAAGCUAAAAAUGCAGUCUGUAUGGUCAGUGAAAAUCAUUUAUGGGACUAAGAGUAUUAUUUAGUUCCAAUACGCCGUAACCUUGAAGUAAGAAAGGUUUUUUGUGAGAGUCACCAAGUUUUGUAGGCUAGACUUACUAAGUAGUGAUUAAGUGGCGAUUUUUGUAUUCUGUUACAGGCAGAUGAUGUAGUUAUGGAUCUAUGUAAGCUGUUUCAAUGCAGCCUGAUGGAGGAGUUUAAUGAAAUUAUGACUGACAAUGUGAAGAGCAUGAGUGUCAGUAACACUUCAGAGUGGUGGGCACAAAGAACCAGGCUAGAUUCCAAAAUGAAGGUACAACUUUCAGAAUGAGAUUUAAAUUCGCAAAUUCUUGGCAGGGUAACUUCAACAGCGUAAAACCAAUAAUUGUCGCCAGUGACGAACCCUUCCCCCUUUCGAACGAUGGAGCAGGCUACCGGGAUCUAGGUCCCCUACUCGUGAUAAGUAAAGAUGGUGAAGGAGACAUAGCCAGUGGCUUAACCUCACUGCCCAGUGACUCACCGGUGGUAUUUCACAUUUGCUUGUCUAUUAUGAAAUUCACAGGCUAAAUUGUCUGAAAACUAUUUCGACAAUGAUGCUCAAAUGGCACAUUCUACGUGCUCUUCACUUUGUCUAGUUGUCUUAAAUUUAUCGUCGUUUUGGUUGACAAUUCCUUAACUCAGAUCCUUUUGGAAAAGCUUGAAUCGUGCUGGCUUGGAAGAUGGAAAGGGGUUCUUCUUGGUCAGUCAAUCAACGAGGAUCAUCAAGAGGCCACAGUGUCCGCUGCCAGGCAGUUACAAGGGAAAAUCACUAAUUUGUGUACAUGUCCUCCAGAUAUACAACUUCUUGAGGUAAUGCAAACAAUAUGGUCAUUUUUGUGGAGACCAAUCCAUGCUUGAUUUAUCACUCUGAUUCCCAGCCCAACUGUAUUAAUGACCUCUUAGAAACGUUGGUUAACAUUUCCUCUUUGCCACUACUAGUUCGGUGUGAAAAUAGAGUAAGUUACAUCCACAUCUUAAUGAAUAUGUGUCCCACGUUGUUUGUUUUAGUUCACUAUCUAAACUUUGGUAAACUUUGGUUUACCUCGUCAGUGUUAGCUCAGUCGGUAGAGCGUGUGACUGCAAAGCGGGAGGUUGCAGGUUCGAUUCCCGGGGCUGGACCAAUACUCAAAGUCUUAAAAUAACUGAGAAGUGAAGUACUCCCUUUACACUGCAAGAGACUAGACCCUCGCGUGGCUCGGAUGACCACGUAAAAAAUAGUGUCCCCGAUUAGUACAUUCGUACUAAAUACAUUGACACUCAACUAAAGUGCAUUUUUUAAGGAUCAUUGUCAACCAUACCCGGAGAAGAAAGUAACUUUAGUCUAUAGCAUCAUUCUGGUUUUAAAUAAAUGCAAUAUAAACUAGGUUUGAAAGGCUGCUGCUCUCUCUUUCAUCAUUUUAAAUGUGCUUAUAUCUCUUUCAGAUUCUUGUUGAUUCUGCAUCCCACUUGUCAAGAGACGAGAAAGCUGAUGCGAUUUCAGAGAUCACUGGCAUAGAUCCCAAAUCUGCCUCUUUGAAUGAAGUAACCUCAAAUGUUUUUAUGACAAUUUUAUAAAGUCCAUUUGUGUUGCAUGUAUUUUGUUGAAACCUCGUUGAAGAUAUUCUUAACUAGUGUUCGUUUUUUGGAUUUCAGAUUCUUCGUGAGUUAGAGGAGGUCACAAGCAACUCGUCUUCGUCUGUCAGCAAGAAAACUGGCCAAAAUAGGUGUGAGAAAAUUGGUGUAACUCCUGUCACUUGUGAUGUAUAUGCAUUCUGUGACGAUCAUUUAUGAUGUAUGUGCUUUUAAAAUUAGUUAACGUAAAAUCUUUCUCCUUUUUUUUUCACCGGACUGAAAGCAGCCCAGAAGUGGUUACUCGUCAUCCUGUCAUUCUUAUUCUUGGCAAGGUAAGGAGGCAUAUUCUUUUGGCUCUGACACUGAUCAAAACCUAGUGGUUGUGAAAAAUAAAGUGGGAGUAGCGAUGAAAAGAUCUAUAUUUUUACCAUUUUACAGGAUAUUCAACACCUGCCUUGGGAAAGUAUACCUAUGCUAUUUGACCAUCCUGUGACUCGAGUACCUUCUCUGCAGUUUCUGCUAUCAAAGGUAAAAUGCAGGCGUGCUGCUGACAAAAAAAUGAGAAAUAAAUAGUAGAAAAGUUGACUGUAUUAUCGUUACAUGAUGGGAUGGGUGACUGGGAUGUCGAGGGGAAUCCACCUUGGGCAAGCUAGCUUCUUAAACUGAGUACCACUUUGCCAAUCUAGCUGAGUUAGCCAUAAUCCCACACAAGGUUUCAAAACAUGAAAGCCCCAACUCGUUUACGUAGUCCAUUAUCGCUUUAUAUUCUCAGAAAUGGUCAAGAACCUAACUGUUUGGCACUCUCAACUGGGUGGGUGCUAGUGGGCGAUAGGUGCGGGCUCCUUAUUCCUGGUUGGAUCACUACUCAUGAUCUUAAAAUAAUUGAGCAGGAUGUAGACCUUCGAAUGUAUUUAUCGGUGGCGGUGUAGUCAACCUUUCAUGUGGUGGGUGAAUUAAGGGGUUAAGAAGGGUUGGGACGUAGUCUGGUAUUGGUAAAGAGAGCUGCGUUACAUUAAGCUAAUAAGGAGGUAUUCCAUUGUUGUGAGCAAUAUGUUGCGCUAUCAUACUUGCUCCUUAUCAAUAAACAGGGUCCGAAAUUGCGCCUUCCCGGUCGCCAAUGCGACCAAAAAUUCAGUUCUGGCGACCAGAAUUUCAUAGCUGGUCGCCAGCUGGCGACUUGUAAAGCUGGUUGUUAUUGUAGACUUUCAUGUUCGGAGAAAAUGAUUAAGAAUCGAAACCUCGAAGCUCUUUGCCAACAGGUGUCGUACUUUUUGUCCUGCUGAUAUUUUUUUAAUUUAAAAGGGAAACGAAUGUUCCUGUAAAUAUACCUCCACAACAGCUACGAUCAAUACGAGUUGAACGUUUCCAAGCCACCAAGGGGAAUUUUUGGCGAAAAUAAUUUGCCCUCUGGCGACCAAAAAUUUAUACUUGCUCACCAGUUGGCGCCCAUAUUAAAAAGUUAAUUUCGGACCCUGAUAAAAUAAAUCAUUUUAAUGUUAACCCUUGGUUCCUCUUGAUGCUCGAAAUGAAACAAGAAAAUUGACACCGUGUUUGCAUGCAUGAAAGCAUUUAUUAUAUUUUCAGGUAUCCUGUCAACAACAAUUGACCUAUGUGGAUCCUGUCAAAACAUUUUAUGCGCUCAACCCGCAAAAUAACCUUCCUAACACGCAGAAGAUGUUCCAGAGGUGGUUUGAAAGGUAUGAAUUGUGAAACACGCAAAUCGUAGAACAACUUAAGGAGGAGCUUCCGCAAUAUGAGGAGCUUAAGCAACGAUGACAGCAACAAGGAUGGUUUUAUAAGCAAAACAGUUCUGCUCACUUUUUGGUACAUUUUGAUGACGUCCAUUUCACCAAUACAACGUGAAACCUCGUGUUGAGAACGUUUGUACAGGUAAUCACAUGAUUUCGAGUGCAAUUUGGAAUAAAUAAGCACGAGUAAAUUUUUUCAAAGGCUAACAAAAUUGCACGAGCCCGUAGGGCGAGUGCAAUUUGUGGUCUUUGAAAAAAUUUACGAGUGCUUAUUUAUUCCAAAUUGCACGAGAAAAAUCAUGUGAUUACUUAUUAAUAAUAUUCAUGAAAAAAUUGCGAGAUAGCUUUAAAAUCUCUUUAAUAGGGAGUCAACCCGCGUAAACUACGUGCAAAAAUAAAUUAUUCAAAUGCUGCAAAUAUCAUCACACGUGCAGUCAAAACAACAUUUUGCUCGAUGUUUUUAAAGUUUGCAAGCUGCAGAAACGGGCUGAACAGUUCAUGGAAUUGUUCAAUGUGUUUGAAAUAAAGAUUCUGGGUUAUUACCUCGAGUUUACCGCUCUUCCAGAGAAUUUCUUCUUCCUCCUCUGAUACUUGCCAAGCUUUGUUUGGGCGCUUACCACGGCCAGCCAAGCGAAGCUGUUUCGCUUUUUCCUCCAACACCUCUUUGGAAGAACUAAAUUCUCGGUCACGUACAAUGGACAGGGUGCAGCCUUUGUUCUUUAAGUGUCUAUCAAGCGAUGCCUUCAUUACUUUAAGGCUUUCUGGUUCAUAAUCUUCACCUUUUUUGUAUUGUUUACUUCGGCGUAGAAAUGCUCGAGCAAAGUGUUAUGCUCAGCCGGCUCAUAAUUUUCUAUUUCAUCAGUAAUUUCCUUACCUACGCACCAAUUCUUCUAAAAAGAGAGCCAAAAACCAGUGCUUUUCGCAGUGUUUUCCUUUUUAGAGCGGUUUUUCAGCUCCUCUACAGUUGUUUCGGUCGCAAUAGCAAAUGUGCUGCAAUCGCCAACCAUUGCGGUUUUUGCUCGAAACCUGUCCGAACCGGAUCCAAAUUUUGCGCCAUUUAGAUGGCGCAUUUGAUUGGCUCUCAGUGUGUUCCUUUGUUUAUUAGCCAAUCAGAAUGUCACGUUUGUUACUCUUUUCUGCACUCAAUUACCUUUUUUCUGCACUGUGUUAUCUAAAAACUGCAUUCCUCUUAGCCAAUCAAAAUCGAGAAAUUUUUUCAUGUAUAUUAUUAAUGACAUAAAUACGCGAUGACGAAUUUUUCUCUUCUUACUUGGAUACAGUCCUUAAGAAUUCAACUCCUGGGAAAUUCCCCUACAUUUCGCAAUUUGAGAAAGGCUAAACAGACGCGUGAAGUUUAAAAGGACCCCACAUUUUUUUCUCUUUGUAACGUUUUCACUGCCGUCAUCGUCGGCGUUCGUUAAGCUCCCUAAUGUGACAAACUGAACUUCUUCAAUUGUUGGCUAUGUCCGGCAGCUGCCUGCAAUAUACAUGGUACACCAUUGUUCCUUUAAAUAACACGUAUUUCGUUUCAUGCAACAUAUAGUGAAGAUGGAUGGCAGGGUAUCACAGGUAGGGCACCUACACAAGAUGCAUUUAUCAAAGCACUGACGGACCAUGAAUUGUUUAUGUAAGUUGAAAGAAACUUCAUGUGCUAGUUACAAAUUUUACAUAAGUCGAUUAUCCUACGUACAGAUGAUUAGUACAAUUAGGUUGCGAAGCGAGUUGAAGUACGGAGCUCUUUUACUAUGUAAAUUCAUACAAGCAAAGAUGCUUUGUCUUGUUGUAAUGCUUCGCAAUGAUAAUAAUAAUAAUAAUGGAAUUUAUAUAGCACUUAUACAUCGCUGUUCUAAGCGCUUUACAAUGUAAAAAAGGACAUAAGAAUAUCAUUAACCACAAGCUUACAUAUAACCGUACUGUACAUAUUGGGAAAUUUAUAGCAUACACAUCUUAAAAAGGGAAGAAAAAAAAAACAAAUAUGAUGAAACUAAAUGUCAUAUACCUUUUUAAAUGUCAUAUACCUUUUUAAAUGAUGGAGGCUAGUAGAGAACACCGCGCCUUGCUGGCAUGGUUUUGUAAGACAAGUUGUUUAAAAAGUGAACACACCUUCUUGCCAUACCUUUUAGGCUCAUAGCCAACCUUGCAACUUUAAGCUAAAAAGAGCUGCAUUAAGCUAACAUAUAAAAGCUUCUUCCUUUCAGCCGCAAUGAGAACAACGGGCACUCUAAAUGAUUAUCCCGAGGCUUAACGGUUAUUUUAACUUAUUAUAAAAAACGGCCAGUUCCAUAAAUUAAGACAACGCAAUAUUCGCAAUCCACUCUGCCUCUAGAGAAUUUACGAUACAAUUUACAUGGUACAACAUUCCUGGCGGGGGACUCUCGAGGAUGUUGGACACAUGAAAAGACUGUUACAUUUACAAAGCUGCAACUAGGCUGCAGAAGUAGUCCCCUGUUCUGUUUCAUGUUUUUUUUUUUCAUGUGAUUCUGUUGCCCAUUGCACUGCAUCGUGUAUCUCGCCCUCGUUACGUUAAGCACAAACUGAAAAGCAUUCACUUUUAUCUCCGUAGCUAUUUUGGCCAUGGCACUGGGCGAGAGUUUCUCCAAGGAGAUGCCAUUCAGAGACUGGAUUGCCGAGCUGCCACUGUGCUAAUGGGUUGCAGUUCUGGAAAGUUAACGGUGAGAAAAUGUGGAUGAAAGCCGUGUUGGUAAAUAGCGGUAGGAAUGGUUGAGUCGCCUGGUCUAGUUAGGUUACCGUACGAAAUUUUUGCGGGUUCUAAUUUUUGCGAUUUUCCAACGAUCCGCAAAAAUAAGUUCCCACAACUAAAAAUUACCGCAAACAUUUUUCCCGCAAAAAUUUACUCCAGAGUAAAUAUUCUCUCACUUAAAUUCGCUACACAAAAAUAAAGUACAAAGAAAUCGUUUCUGUUCAAUCACAACUUGUCUCUUUCAUUCAGAAACAAAACGGUAUACAACGAAAUACUGGUUUAUUGUUUGAAAAUAUAUAUUUCUAUUGCACGUACUCAAUAAAAACGAAAAUAUUAUCAAUACUGGGUACCGGGUACAUUUCUGAAAAUCGGAAAAAUUAAUUCCCAGCAAGAAAAACCAAUCUAUCGUAAUCGCAAAAAAUUAGUUCCUGCAAACAUAAAAAACCGCCAAUCCGCAAAAAUUUCUUGCCACACCGUAACUAAGAUUUAGUUUGAAAAGCUACAUUUUUACCAUGAUCCUUUUUCAAAGAAGACAUUUACAACAUUUUUUUUUGCGUGUUGGUUGGAUUCUUAUUCGUGUGUAACUAUCUAUUUCGUUUCUUGUAGUAUUAUAUCUUUACACUAUCUUUUAGUGCUUAAAUAUUCUUUUAAAUUUUUUCAAUUGUUUUCUUUUUCUUUUCGUCAGGUUGGCGGGGAGUGCGAACCUAGAGGAAUGGCUCUGAAUUACCUUCUAGCUGGCUGGUAAGUGUUUCAAUGAACAUUUUAGUCUUUCUUACCAACAGCGAUAUUUCUUUACUGGUCAGACAAGACACCCUUGUUAGCUUAGUCAGUUACUGGUCUAAGACUUUACGAUGUCAUGUGACAAAUUUCCCUCCCCCGCCUCCCUCACCAAAAAUAGUCCUGUUAAAUAUGACAGUACACGUAGUGCUACCAUGAAUCUGGGCCACUGGCUUUAAAAAGUGUAUUGCUAGAGCAGUCUUAAACACUACUCUUCUAAAACAAGUUUUCCAAAACUCUAGAAUGUUGUUUGGGUAUUGCUACACCAAAGGGUAUGAAGAAAGAUAAACAAGGGUGAAAGAGCAUAUUGCCUUAUGAUAACCUUACUACAGUACUGAACAAAUGUUGUUAAAACUCUUGCAUAUCCUUAGCAUAUUGUAUAAAAAGGGGGGGAGAAGAUUGAUAUGGGUUUAAAAGUGUUUAGCUGCCUUGCUUGCUCCUCCUCUAUGAUGCACAUUUUAAACUCCUGAAUGUUCUUGGGGACGUUUAUAAACCAAAUGGCAUAAAAAGAGUGAUUUUUUUAAAAUGCCACUAUUAGUUACUACACAUUUUUCAUGGUCAUCAUAAUCAAAUUGGAGUGGUUUUCACUUGCAGCCCAGCCAUUGUCGCUAACCUUUGGGACGUUACUGACAAGGACAUUGAUCGCUUCAGUGACUCACUUCUGAAAAAGUGGCUUCAGCAAGACACACACCUCUCAUUAGCAGAUGUGCUGAGCCUAUCCCGACAAGCUUGCAAACUGAAAUACUUGAUAGGAGCAUCCCCUGUACUAUAUGGUCUCCCAGCUUACAUCAAACAGUAA